CACUGUUAGCUGUUCGGUCGUGGGUGGCGCAUCAUCGCGUUUCUGCAGCGAAUUUAACAAGUGCAAAAUUAGAGUAAUUUCGCCAGUUGAUCCGUGCAAAUAUAUAGUAACCAUCGUCUGGAGUUUGCAAAAACGAAAAAGCAAACGCAGCCAGUCGUUGUCAGUGUGGCUGCCUUUGGCUGUUUGCAACCUCAACGUUUCCGCCCACUAAAAGGAAAAACCUGCGGAACUUGUCGUUUUGAUUCAAAAGUAAGGAGUAUUUCCAUUCCACCGGACGCAGCUUCUGCACCACAAUUUCCUCCUGCACCACGACACAUCGUCAACCCUGAAAAUGGCAGUUAAGUAAGAAGUCCAAGAAAUAAAGCUGAUACAAAUAGAAAUAAACACAGAUUAACAAAUCAAACACAAAACAAGCUAGAACUAUCAAAGGCUAAGUGAAGGCGGUGCUGCGCAACCGCUGGUGACUUUCUCAUCCAUUCCGCGGCAGGAAGGCGAAAUACACAGAUUGUUGGACAGGAAUUGAUGACACUUCUUGGGCCUAGCGCCCCUGGCAUGACCUUUAUGAUGAAAAAAAAGAAGUACAAGUUCAACGUUGAAGUGCAGCUGCAGGAUUUAGUCGAGGUGGCCCUGGUUAAUGAGGUGUUGUUCGCCAAGAUACGACUGCUCGAUGGAGGAUCAUUUCAGGAGUACAGUAGUCGCGAGGAAGUGCGCAACCAUCGUGUCGAGUGGAACCGAAGCUUUGAGUUUCCCUGCAAGAUGAGCGCGAAUGCUUCGACCGGAGUUUUGGAUCCCUGCCACCUGCGCAUCUCCAUACGCAAAGAAAUGAAGGGCGGUCGCAGUUACUAUAAGUUAGGUUUUAUCGACCUCAAUCUUGCCGAAUUCGCCGGUGCCGGCCUCACCUCGCGUCGAUUUCUCCUCGAGGGCUAUGACUCGAGACAUCGGUUGGACAACUCCAUGCUGCGAGUGAGCAUCAAAAUGCAUAUGCUGAGCGGUGAUAUUCUCUUCAAGGCACCCACUCCGAACCUGAAGAGCAAACAGAGCAAGCCGUCGAUGGAUGAUUUGACUAAUGCGGCCACUGGAGUGGGCCUACAAACUCCGACGGCCAAUGCUCUGCCCAGCAUAGGCAGUGGCAGCGGCGGCUCCUCCAUUCCCCUGGGCGGCAGUGGGGCCACCUUGGGCGGAGUUCCCAGCACUCAGUCGCUGCCGGGAACGCGGCCCGUCUCCACCACAAAGGAGGAGGCAAUACUUGCAGAUAUCGAUAACCAGGCUUUGAUAGCGGCCAUUGUGACGGACUCCGGCUUGUCGGAGUCCUCGGAGUCGGCUGUAACGUUGACCACGGAUAAUCUUCAGCAACAUGCCGCCGCCGCUUCCAAUGCCACCAAUCCGGUGACCCAGACGCUUCCGGGACUGGGAAUCAUUGGCAGCAACAACUACGGAACCACUGGAGUGGUAAUCGGGUUUUCUGGAGGCGGCAACGCCAACCUCAUGGAAAUGGGUCAUUCAAGAAAUUCCAGUAAUACUAGUCAAAUGUCAAAAGGUUCGGGUUAUAGCAGUUUUUCGCACAGUCAACAUUCAAGGCAAAGUUCCGAGGGUGAUUCGGGACAUGCUAGUCGUUUUAGAAAAUCCGUUUCUCUACUUAAUAGACUCAAUCAGAGAGCAAUUAAUGCCAUGAAAUUGAAUAUACCGCACGGUCGACAUCGCGGGCAAAAGGGUCCAGAGCAGCAGAUACCCCCCAAUGUGCCGGUGGUGCACAAAAGUCAUCAUGUCCAGACCCACCUUAGUCUCAGCACCACCAUUGAGUAUGUGAGCGAGGAGCAGCUUUACCAGACCCCAAACGCCACCAUGAGCACCUCUGAUACCUUGGGCUUCGAGGAUUUCCGCACUCCGAUGGCGGAACUUGCUGCCGCGCCAUCGUUUCAACCGCUGGGAGCGGGCGGUGGUGCCACGCCCUGCUCCACAUACCGCAGUGCCGGAUCUCCGUCCCACGCCACACAGUAUUACGACAGCGGAGAGGCGAGCGACACGGAUGAGUAUCUCAACGAGGAGUCGGGUGACUCCGGCCUGGAGGAGAACUUCCAUACGCCCCGCGUGGCCAAGAUCAAGUCGAUGGAGAAUCUCUCCAUUCUGGAGAUGGAGUUCCACAAGGCCUCCAUGGAGCUGGACCGCAACUCGCCGCGCCGCCUCAAGCAGCUGGCCGAGCACGCUCAGAUACCCAAGAUGAAGUCGCUGAACAAUCUCUGUUUUGAUGAGUAUGCGGAGGAAUCGGUUCGCGAAGAGUUUCAGCGGAUGCAUGAACAGUCGCUGGAGGAGCGGCUGCGCUUUCAGCAGCAGCACCACCAACUCCGGAAGAACUCGACCACCUCGAAUGGAUCGGCGGUAAAGCUGUUCGUAAAGCAUCAGAGUCACCAGAACCACCAUCACAUCAAGGUCGGCAAUGCCAAAUUUAUCGGCCAGGACGGUGAAAGUCCGCAAUCGCUUCACUAUCCCAUUCAGAAGAUGCGAUCCAUGGGCACCAUACCAGACAUAGUGAGCGAGCGGAUCGAGGCGGACCCGUUCCUGACCCCGACUUCCGAGCGAAAACCGAAUUUCCCGCGUCUCAUUCAGUCGGCGGAAAAGCCGGUGCUGGGCAGCAGCUAUGUGAAUCGUCUGCUCACCUACGACGUUGUGGACUCACCGGCGAUGUCCUUAAUGUCGCGGACGCCCUUCCAGCGGGCCUAUAUACGUAAUAUUCAACAGGGCAGCUCCUCGACGCCCCUGGCCAACCAGGAAUCCUUCGUCAUCCGGCCACAUUCCACGAAUGCUGCCUACGAGCUAAUGAGAAGCUUCAGUGGAGUUCCUCGUCGACUUUUUGACGGCAAUGGCAGCAGCCAAAACAGCGGUGCUGCCACCAGCACCACCAACAGGCAACAGCAGGCGGUUGCCGGAGGAUCCAAUUGCUAUGUGGUCGGAUCCAGUUCUUCGCCAUGCGGAACUCUGGCCAGUAUACACUCGAACCACUCGGCCUCAUCCUCGAAUGGCACGAACAGCAGUAGCAGUGGAGCACUCAUUACCUUUCAAUGUAAUCCAGGAGGAAGUGGUGGUCAGGACACAGUAGACGUAGCCACCCUGCCAAUGCAGCAGCAGCAGCAGCAGACGACAGUUGGAUCGCCCAAUGGCCAUGGCAACAGCCCUCGUUCCGGUGACGCACUCAGUUCGAUGGCCGCCAGUCCCACGGACGCUUGUAGCAUCCGCUCCAAUCCAUCGGCCGCCUCGUUACUGCUCUCCACUUCGGCAGCUGCCGCAGAGGCAUCCGCAAUGGCCUCCGCAACCACCAUGUCCGUGACUGGUGCCACACUUUCGCCGCUGGCCACCACCCAAAUCAUUCGCCGCCCUAGCAUCACAAUGAUGAAUCCCAGUUCCGGUUCGUUAGUUAUAAGUGAAACAGGAUCUCUAGAUCGGACGAAAAGCAGCGGUGAGAAGCGCAAAAAAGGAGCGCUGGAUGACGGGCCACGCGUUUCGGACAGAGUGGAGGAGACGCGGGUUAAUCCAGACUUCUUAAUUGAUGAGAUUUUGAAGGACACCAAGCUGGAUCAGCUGGAAGAAUCCGCUGAAACCUCAGGCCUUCAGUUGUACAUCGCCCGUGAUGGAACCGCCUCCUUGGGCGGACACGAGGUCAAGUCAAGCGUCCGAGCGGGGGCCCUCAAACAGGUUGUCAUGCAGGAUAGAAGAUAGUAGUGUCCGGGACUCCUAACUGUUUUUUAAAGUGAAUUAGAAGACUUACCGAUCGAGUAAAAAAACAGAAAGUGUAACAACUAAUCUAUAGUUUAGGAAAUGCAAAAAUGUUUACUUGCAAACUAAAGUGAGAAUACAAAUACGCUAUAUAUGAGUAUAUAAAUGUAUGUCAUGUCGAAACUACACUACAAUGAAUGUAAUUAACGAGCUAUAUAUAUGCUGCUAAACAAAUAUGCAUAAACAUAUGUAUGUUAAAGAUAUGUCAACAGGCAAUGGUCGGGCAAUAUUGCGUUCAACUCUGUCUUUAUUAACAUGGCUAGGUGUUUGGCAAGUGUUGUGGAUCAGGUAGAGAACCGCUAAGAAUUAGGAAAACCAAAAAUGAACUUCGUAAAGCUGCAGUUUACAUAUGUAUGGAAAUAACACAAAGAAAAAAUAUAGAUGAGAUACAAAUUGUAAGUUCUAAUUUUCAAAAUUAUGAUUUCGAUUUUUGCUUCCAUUAAUAUGUCCAGCCUCAGGCAUUAAAAUAUAUUCAAACAAAAUAAUCGAAACAAAAUGCAAAUUUUCCAUUUAAUCGAAACUACUUCGGGGUCGAUCUGCUAUACAUAAUGUUACAUGCCAUAAUUAAUACAAUGCUUCUAAAUUAUAAUCCCGAGCUGUAGAAAUCAUCGAAAUAUAGCGCAUCAAUCAAAAUCUAAAUAAGUUAAUAAUCAGCUAAAAUAGUUUUACAUUUACCAAUUCAGCCCGCAAUUUGCAUUUUGAUUUUGACAAUUUUUAUUACCAUUUACAAAAAAUUUUACUUUAUUAGCCUCAUAUAUCGUUGUACAUUGCUAACUGGUAUUCUUAGCUCGUAGUUAGUAUUUUAAACUUUCGUAAAUCGUUAACGCAAAUUGUGAAAAUAUUGCAAUAAUCAAUACAAGUUUCAAUAUUUUGAUGUAAAAAUAUAUUUUUGAGUUUAUUAUUUUGUAUCACCAAAACUUCAAAAGCAACCAACGCGUUAGAUGUGAAAACAAAACAUGCAAUUAGUUAUUAGCUAUAGUUUAUGUUAAUAAUGUCUGUGUAAAAUUGCUUUAGUUAUUUUUCGAUUAUUUGUAAAAAAGAGGAGAACUCGAAAAGCUCCAUGGUAGUUUUUUAAAUUGUACAUGAAACAAAAGAAAAAUAAAAAUGUCGAAUAUAUCGUGUUGGUCAAAUGUUGUUGUUUAUCAAGGCAAACUAAAAUAUAUUCUAAAUUACUUAAAAUUAUCAAAAUCCAACUUUAUCUAUUCACUGAAUUGAAAUCUUCAUUGCAUUAUUCGUAAUCCUUGGAUCCUAUUUUGAAAAGAUAAACUCUUAGGUUCGUCUGAUAGAUAGAAAUUCAUAAAAUCUUUGGAAUUUAUAAGAUUUAAUAAUACACAUUAUCAACAACAAUUGGCCAACUCAACUGACAAAUUUGUGUGAAAAUUUUUGAACUGAACUUAAAAAAAGUUUGAAAUACAAAAGUAAAAAAAAAAUAUGUGACAAAUUCAAUUACCAAUAAACAACAUAAAUAUAGAUAAAAAUGAAAA